AUACUUUUUUCAACAGCCGGGAAAUAUUCUAGGGUUUUCGUACGGAUUUUCCAUAUUUUCCGCAAUGGCAGGCAUCUUAUUCGAAGAUAUCUUCAAUGUUAAAGAUAUAGAUCCAGAAGGCAAAAAGUUUGAUCGUGUGAGUCGACUACACUGCGAGUCAGAAUCCUUCAAAAUGGACCUAAUCCUGGAUAUCAACUCCUGGCUGUACCCCAUGGAAUUAGGUGACAAAUUCCGUCUUGUUUUGGCAACAACUCUGCGUGAAGAUGGAUACCCUGACAGCGGAGACUGGAACCCGCAAGGCUUGGACACCGAAGGCUCCAGAAUGGACAGUUUCGAAUAUGUAAUGUCCGGCAAAGUGUACAGGAUCGAGGGAGACGAAUCGUUUGAACCUUCUAGCAGAUUGGCAGCCUACGUAUCGUUUGGAGGACUACUGAUGAGACUCCAAGGAGAUGCUAACAAUUUGCACAGUUUUGAAGUUGAUCAACACAUGUAUUUGUUAAUGAAGAAAAUCUUUAUGUAAUCAAUUUAUUUUUAAAGUUUACAAAAAAAAACACUUGAGUAGAGCUAAUUACCAUUGUGCUCAGUAAAUAAAUAGGUUCAAACUGUUUCUGUAAGCUAUACUUUAAAAUAAAAUAAAAAAACUCCCAUUUAU